AUGGUGACGACGAAAAGGGGACGAGGGCGGCUGAAAUCCACGGUGCCACCGUCACCGGAAACUCUCACUAGCUUGAAGACGCCUCAGCCUGAAUCAAGAAAUACCACAGUUAGUGUUCAGACACCUGGGAUUGAAUCAAGAACCACUGCCGGAGAAGACAAAGAUAUGACAAACACACUAGCGAAGGAGAACAAGAAGACCCUAAUAGAACCGACACAACCACAACCUAAAGAGCGUAGACCAUGGGUUGAUGUUAUCAAUGACAACCGGAGCCCUGCAAAAGGAAUGGCAAUAGAGUACGUUGCGCCAAAGAUCGUUAAUGAAGUGAUUGAAAUUGAUAUUGAACAAGAAGAUAUCGAAACGAAAAUACAAUUUUGGGAUAAUGCUUUAAUCCUUUAUGUUAUGGGGGACGACCUGAGUAUGAACACAGUGAAGAACUUUAUGCAGAGAAUGUGGAAUUUCGUGAAGAUGCCAGAUUUGUAUUACCACGAUGAUGGCUAUUUUCUGCUUAUAUUUAACUCCCAAGAAGACAAGGAAGCAGUCAUGAUGAAAGGCCCAUACACGAUUUGA